AUGACUUCUAUUUCCUCCGCGAACAAAGAGCAAAGUUUGACGGAAAAGGAGAAGAGAAUCGAGGCGGAGAAUACAUCGAAGCUCGUGAACGCGUUGGGAGUAGACUCGACGUUUAUGGAGAACCACGUGGCCAUCCGCGCGUUGCCUUUACACCGGUUCGGUAGAAAUCGAGGGUCGAGAUCGAUGACGAAAGCCUGGAAGUCAGCGGCGGUGGUGCACGACGCGACGUAUUUAUUAUAUCGUAGGGACGAAAAAAGUGCGUCGGCGGCGUUGCCAUCAGUUUUAUGUAACGUAAACGCGCUACCGAAACGUGUGCGAGAGAUCUUUCCGAACGACGAAAUCGCGAAUCUCGCGCGAUUCGACGUCGCGGGUAAAUUGGCGCUGAAACUCAUCAACGAAACGCUUCGGACAUCAAUCAAGUUUAAGAAGAUUAAAACCGUAAAGAAACAAAUCGAACGGUUCGGUGGAAACGGCGACGGUGUGCAGUACGCUGCACUUGCUGCCGUAGAUCCACGAAUAGUCUACGCCGACGAUCAAGUCGCGCCUCCGCCAAAAAAAGAAGGAGACGAAAGAAAUCUCUCUUCGACACCACCGAGCGAAAAAGAUAUUUCCGAUGCGCGCCGCGAUGCGAAGAUUGUUCGAGCGAGACAUUUAGCCGGCGUUGAUAUGAGUGAUAUCGCAUCGGCCGCAAAUAUUGAUCUUUCUGUGCUUCAACAAAGGUUUCGAGUGUGCGCGGUGGCGAGACCAAACAACGACGGCGCGUCGUUGUAUUUUAACGCCAAUUGGGCACCAAUUGUGUUAAAAUCACUAGUAACGCGUGGUGCGUACGCGGCUGGUGUCUGCGAGUGGAUCGAUUUGGGUAUUUGGCGAGGGGCGAACGUCGAAAAGGUGCGCUCUAUUUUCAUUGGUAAUGAAGCGAGCGACGACGAUACCGCGACGAUAUCGACUCGAAUCGUUCUGAGGUUCCCGAAGAAAGGCGUCGGCAAGAAAGGCGAUGCCGUUUUCGACGAAGGCGGGAAGACCAAACUUGGAACGAUUGAUCGCGUCACGCCCGUUUCUAUAGCUGUCGCAGUCGCUUCGGCAUCAGUUCUCGCAUCCGCUUGGUCUGAAGUUGUAACGAAAACGAAAAAAAAGAAAGGAGGCGUCAAAGUUCUCGUCAAAUCGACGACGAAAGGAGACGUGAGCGCUUUUGCAUCUUUGGCAAAAGAAACGAACGGAGAUUUCAGCUGGUGGUAA